AUGGCUACCAAAAACUUUACUCAUACUCUUCGUCCUUUCUUUUAUGGAACGGAUUAUCCUAAUUGGAAAUUUCGUAUGGAUAACUAUCUUGAUAUGGAUGGUGUGAACUUAUGGCACAUGGUUCUUGAUGGUUAUGUAGCUCAUACUCAAGAGUUGAAUGGUGGUAUUAUACCUUGGCCAAGAAAAGAGUGGACCAAGGAUCAUGUUCUAGCAAAUGCUCUCAACCGGAAAGCUAUUUGUGUGAUCUUUUCUUCUUUGAGUAGCGAAGAGAAAGGAAGGGUUCAACAUUUCACAACGGCUCAUGAUAUGUGGAAGAUUCUUGAGAACUACCAUGAAGGAACGGUUCAAGUCAAGAACAAGAAGGUUGAGCUUCUCAUUGGAGAAUAUGAAGGGUUCAAGAACAAGCCAAAUGAGAGUGUCACCGACACUACCAAUAGACUCUUUGCUAUUAACACCAAUCUCAAAAAGCUUGGUAAGCACUAUACUUUCGGUGAAAUCAAUGGCAAAAUUCUUCGUUCAUUGCCUCUCCUUGAUUGGCAACCGCAGAUAACCGCCAUUGAGGAAGCCCAUGACAUAAGGAAUUUGAGAAUCAAUGAGCUUAUCGGAAACUUGCUCCUUCAUGAGAUGACUUACAUGAAAGAAAUUCAAGAAUUGAAGAAGUCUCAAGAAGAUAAAACUAAGGGAAUUUCUUUGAAGGCUAAAGCAAUUGAAAGUAAGCUUGAAAAGGAGCUCAAUGCAAGUGAUGAAGAAGAUGAUGAAGAAAUGGUGCUAUUGUCUAAGAAAGUAAGAGAAUGGAGGACAAGGAAGAAGUCUCAAGUUCAAAGAUAUGAACAAAAGGGCGAGUCCUCAAACUUCAAGAGACUCCUACUCCUAGAAGAGAUGUCACUUGCUAUGGUUGUGGCAAACCGGGAUAAGAAGGGAUUAAUCACCACUUGGGAUGAUGAAAGUGAUUAUCAAUCCGAUGAAGAGUGCCAAGAAGAGGCAAGAGCAAAUCUUUGCUUCAUGGCUUUGGUUGAUGAGUCUCUAUCCGAGGUAAGUACUCUAUCCUUUAUCUCUUGGGAUGACAUAGGUAUAGAAUCUCAUGAUAGUACUAGUGAUAUUGUUGUUAUGAAAAAUGUUGCUAGCGCUUCUAAUAUUGUCAAUAUUGAAGAUGUUUUGGUUGAUGACUCUUUGGUUUAUGAGAUUGAUGAUAAAUUCCAUGACAUGAUAAAUGAGCUAACUAAUAAAUGGAAGGAAUCUUUGAACAAUCUUCUUGAUUUCCAAAGAAACUCAACCAUAAAAUUUGGGCUUGGCUAUAGUCACAAUCCCUCUUCCUCAAAAGUGACUACUUUUGUGAAGGCUUCUUCACCUCAAACUUCUUCUAUUUAA